CAAAGUCUCUGAAAAAUGGCAGAUAGGAAACUGAAGGCAGCAAAAGGAGCAUUUGAUGCGAGCAUCGAUUGUGGAAUAACUUUCUUUGAUUCUGCUGAAGUAUACGGAGCUGGGAUAUCAGGAGCCAUAAAUUCAGAAAGUUUACUCGGAAGAUUCAUCAAGGAAAGGCAACAAAAGGAACAAGUCGAAGUGGCCAUCGCAACAAAGUUUGCAGCUCUUCCAUGGAGAUUUGGCUGUGGAAGUGUCAUCUGUGCACUGAAGGCCUUAUUGGAUCGCCUUGGCGUCUCUUCGGUUGAGCUCUACCAACUUCAUUGGCCAGGGAUAUGGGGCAAUGAAGGUUACCUGGAUGGCCUUGGAGAUGCUGUUGAGCAAGGUCUUGUGAAAGCUGUUGGAGUCUCGAACUACAGCGGUUGUUGUCUGACUUUGGUAUUCUUAUGAUAUCAUUUGUUAGGCUAGGUACUUCUUUUUCUGUAAAACUAACUCAGAU